UUGUAGGCUCCCGGGCCACAGUUGCCUCUUUUCAAGGUAAGGAUCCUGCUGUUCCAGGGACUCUUCUCCGGUUCCCCACUGUCCAGGUCAAGCCGUGCUAAGGCACAUAAGUCAGCUCCCACACUGGAAUGUGUGAAGAGGUGGCAUUCCUGUUCCUUCCUGGGCGAGUGGGGCCCCUUCCAGCGCCUCAUCUUCUUUCUACUCAGCGCCAGCAUUAUCCCCAACGGUUUCAAUGGUAUGUCAGUCGUGUUCCUGGCAGGGUCACCGGAGCACCGUUGCCGUGUGCCUGACACCGUGAACCUGAGCAGCGCGUGGCGCAACCACAGCAUCCCGUUGGAGACGAAGGAUGGACGACAGGUGCCCCAGAGCUGCCGCCGCUACCGACUGGCCACCAUCGCCAACUUCUCUGCCCUGGGGCUGGAACCAGGAGUGGAUGUGGACCUGGAACAGCUGGAGCAGGAGAGCUGCCUAGAUGGCUGGGAGUACAGCAAGGACGUCUUCCUCUCCACCAUCGUGACUGAGUGGAAUCUGGUGUGUGAGGAUGACUGGAAGACACCCCUCACCACCUCCCUGUUCUUCGUAGGCGUUCUCUGUGGCUCCUUCGUGUCUGGGCAGCUGUCAGACAGGUUUGGCAGGAAGAAAGUCCUCUUUGCGACCAUGGCUGUGCAGACUGGAUUCAGCUUCGUGCAGAUUUUCUCCACAAACUGGGAGAUGUUCACUGUGUUAUUUGUCAUCGUCGGCAUGGGCCAGAUCUCCAACUAUGUGGUGGCCUUCAUACUAGGUAGGAAUGACUUUUGAGACUCCGGUCUUCUUCCAACCUUGUAAAAUGCCAGGCAGGAGGGAGCCACUGAGUGUGAGUUCAAAGUGUCCUCAACUUUAGAUACAUGUGUGUUGUGGAGGGGCUGCAGCUAUAGGCACCUUGAGCCAGUCACUGCAGGACAGGGCUCAUAAAGUGUCAUCUGUACUGGACCAGAAUGUGGCCCAAAACAAGAGCUGGAGCUGGGAAGAAGUAGCCACACAACAGCUAAGACACAUCCUCAAGAUCAAGGGGCUUGGGACAGGAGGUCCUG